UGGGUGUCAGAGACCCAAUGCACAAAUACUCAGCAAACCACCCCCAUGAAACUAUCUCCUCUCUCUCUCUACACUUUCUCUCUCUAAACCCCACUCCUCUCUCUAAACUCCUGUCGCUUCGUUCCCCUUGAAAUCGCCCAUGGUAAUGUACGCAUCGUCUUCUCCUCUUUAAUCCGACCGCCUUAUGGGCGAGAACGGCCAUUCCCUUCACAGUAAACCAGUUUUCCAGAGGCCUGCUGGUUUUUCCAGCGAAUUUUCCGGGAGUGUAAACUGGUACAGUCCGAUCAUUUUCUCAGGGCGAAAUUAGGGUUUUGUUUGUUAUUGGUUAUUCGGGACGGUGAGGCUGGAUUGGGUUUUUUUUCGCCAUGGCUCCAGGGCGUAAAAGGGGCACAGGCAAGGCGAGGGCCAAGAAUGAAUUGAGCUUGGGGGAUCUCGUCUUGGCCAAGGUUAAAGGAUUUCCUCCAUGGCCAGCUAAGAUAAGUCGGCCAGAAGACUGGGAGCGAUCACCUGAUCCAAGGAAAUACUUUGUUGAGUUUUUCGGAACCGCAGAAAUUGCCUUUGUUGCCCCGGCAGAUAUUCAAGCAUUUACUCAUGAAUCAAAAAACAAAUUGGCAGCCCGUUGUCAAGGUAAGACUGUUAAUGAUUUUGCCCGUGCUGUGAAAGAAAUAUGUGAAGCCUUUGAAGAAUUACAGAGGCAAAAGUCAGGUGACUCAAGGGGAGAUAUUGACGGGGUAACUGUGCAAAGUGCUGCUUCCCCCUUGGAACAUAGAGGAGAUUCUGGGCACCGCGAUGAUGAUGAGGGAGCCUUAACAGCAGAUAACGAACUGGAAUCUGAGUCAAGAGAGCAGGUGGUUACUGGUCAGGAGGCUAGCAACACCGAUUGUGUGGAUAGUGAAAUGUACAGGUUAGCAAGAUGUUCAAGAAACCAAAGUGAGAUAGUAUCAGCUGAUAAAGGUAAAAGGGAUUUGCAGAAUGUAAAGGAACGCGUAUCUCCAUCUUCAUCGUACAAAGAUGGAGCGGAUGCAUCCCCUGCUUCUGGUCAGAACUUCCCUUCUCAUCUCACUGGAAGUGAACAUGAGCGUUCACAACCUUUGGCUGUGACACUUGCUACCAAGCAGUCUGAUAGAAAGCAAAAUACAGGAAUGAAUAUCCAUGAUGCGGAGGUGGCGAUCACAGAAACCACAGAGCAUGCAAAAAGUGUUUUUGGGGUGAACCGGAAGGCACGUCCAGAUCUAACAUCAGUGAAACAUGCCCAUUCUCAUAGUUGUCUUGAAGCCAUGGAACCCAAACAACAUCCAGAAGAUGAAAGAAGUGUGCAAAGAAAAAAGUUCAAGGUGAGCGCAUCAGAGGUCAGACCAACGGAACCAUAUCCUUCAAAGCCUGAUAUUGGUACUGGUUUGGUGAAGAAAGCCAAAGCUUUACCGAGUGACUCUGCUAAAACUGGUGUGAGGAAAUCACCCAAUAUUCGUACUGAAGGAAAAGGGAAACGUUCUUCUGGAGUUACAGAUAUUAAAGUUAUGGAAUCUGAUCAUUCUGAUGAGCAAAUCGAUGACCCAUCAUCAUCUGUAGAUCACAGGAAAAAGGUCACCCAACCUAGAAGCAGGAAACGUGGGAUUAAAUCUGAUGAGCAUUUACCUCCUCCAAAAAGACCAAGAAGUUUAGAAAUGGAUAGAGAUGCAAAAUGUAAGAAACCUUUAUCCUCUGGAGAAGCAGAAACCCAUUUGGCAUUAAAGCUAGAGAGCCUCGAUACUGGGGCACGCUUACUUGGAGAGGAAGCUGUUCUUCCACCAACAAAGCGACACCAAAGAGCAAUGGAAGCAAUGUCAGUUUGCACUGCUCAAACAGCUAAAGAUUCAACCAAGGGAAGUCUGAAUGUAAUGAAAAACAGCUCUUUAUCGAGCCCUUUGAAUGAGAAAUCUUCAAGACUCCGUAUUGAAACUAAACGGGGUGCACUCCUUUUGGGGGGUGAUAAUCGUGAGGAAUGCAGGACCCCUGUCCACAAGGAAUCUGCCAAAAGAAUAAGUAAAAUAGUGAAGGACAGUGCCGAUACUCACCGGAAAGAUCACAACCACUCUCUAGAGAAUGUUGAUGUUAAGGCUGAAACUCUGGAUACAGCCGUGCAUGUUGAUAAAGUCUCACAAGAUAAGCCAUCACCCGUUGAAUAUUCUGACAAACUUUUCUCAUCCAAUAAAAAACUUAAGGAUGAGGAACAACCAAAACUUCCACCAUCACAUGCUUCGCCCAAUAAGCCCGGACUGCAGAAAUUAUCUUCUAAGCAUUGUGCUCCAGCAGUCCUUUCUCCUAGAGGUUCUCUUGGAUCAACCAGCGCCACAGUUAAGCCUCUUGAGCAUAAAAAUGUGUGUUCACUUGGUAAACCAUCAGCUAAUGCUCCUGUAAAGAAACCUCAAGCUGGAUCUGGUAAAGCUGGUCAUGUUCCUAACAGUUUGAACCGCUCUUCUAGUGAAGCAACCUCACAUAGGAAUAAGCUGGACCCUUCAUCAGAUAGGCUAAAGGCUACUCCAACAACAAUGCAGCAGAUGAAUGGAGUUAGUGACUCUAGGUCUGAAGCUGUCUCAGCGUUCUCUCACAAGGAACAAACUAACACUGUUAAAGAAGAAAGUAUUACUACCAUGUCAUUGGACUCGAAAGGCACAAAUUCUUUCACGUCAAUGAGGCAUCUAAUUGCAGCUGCUCAGGCAAAGAGGCGACAGGCACGACCUGUGUCUCUUCAAGAUGUUGAUACCUCCAUUCCCACCUUUGUAGCCACAUCACCUUCGGCGAAAGGAAUGAGUCCGAAUUCUGUUCAUGGGGUUCAUCCUUUGCCAUCUGAAACGAUAAUGAGGCCAGAUUCAAAUGGCUUUUAUUCUCACAAGUCAUCCGAAACUCCUGUGGCUAGUGCCACGCAGCUUGCUUCUCAGAGUCAAAUAGAUGUGGAUGAAUAUGAGGAUGGCAGGGUCAGUUUGGAAUAUCAGAAUGCUGGGGGUUCAUUGAGUGGUGGUACAGAAGCAGCGGUGUCUCGUGAUGCUUUUGAAGGCAUGCUGGAGACAUUAUCAAGGACAAAGGAGAGUAUUGGUCGAGCAACGCGUCUUGCUAUUGAUUGCGCCAAAUAUGGAAUGGCAGGAGAGGUUGUGGAACUUCUUAUUCAAAAAUUGGAGAAUGAAACAAGUUUCCAUCGAAGAGUUGACUUAUUGUUUCUUGUUGAUUCCAUUACUCAAUGUUCCCACAGCCAGAGAGGUAUUGCUGGUGCCUCAUACAUUCCUGCUGUUCAAGCUGCUCUUCCACGUCUUUUAGGUGCUGCUGCUCCCACUGGAUCUGUUGCUCGUGAAAAUCGGCGUCAGUGUCUGAAGGUUUUGGGUUUGUGGCUCGAGAGGAAAAUCCUUCCUGAAUCGCUUCUUCGUCGGUGCAUGGAGGAGAUAGGAAGUUCAAAUGAGGAAAUGCCUACUGGCUUCUCUUUAAGACGCCCAUCCCGUGCUGAACGCGCAGUAGAUGACCCAAUCCGUGAAAUGGAAGGCAUGCUGGUUGAUGAGUAUGGGAGCAAUGCGACAUUUCAACUGCCUGGAUUUUUUCCUACUCAAUUAUUUGAAGAUGACGAUAAUAUUACAAUCAAUAUACCCAAAGAGGAUGACAAUGAAUCUCCAUCAGGGGCUGCCUGUCUUUCAGAGGAACCACAGAGAUUUUCUGAUGUUUCGAAUGAUCGGCAUAGACGUGUUCUGGAAGAUGUUGAUGGAGAGCUUGAAAUGGAGGAUGUGUCGGCCUCUUCCGGAGAUGAGCCAGCUAUUGUUGGAAAUGAAUUUUUUGAGGUGGGAAAUCAACAACCAGAUUCUGAGAGGUUUGUGGAGCAUGAAGAAGGCGAUUUAUACCCUCCUUUGCCCAUGGGUUCACCUCCAUUGCCUGCAGAUUCGCCUCCUCCUCCACCCCCCCUCCCUCCUUCCCCACCACCGCCGCCUCCAUCUUCACCACCACCUCCACCACCAUCACCACCACCACCUCCUCCCCCUCCACCUCCCCCACCCCCUCCACCCCAAUUACCACAUCCUUGCUCACCCCAAUUUCCUUACCCUCCUCUUCCUCCUCCUCCUCCUCCUCCUCCACCCCAAGAUUGUUGUAAGAAUGCAAAUGAUAUGGAGGUAAAUCGGAUGACUGGUGCUGUCUCCCUUCAAAACCAUGCGAGUGCUUCCAUGAGAAAUGAGAUGAUUACACAAAACUCUUCUCACUUUGUGACACAUGGAAUAAACCACAGCCAAGAUGGAUCUGCUUUGGGUUCCUCGAAGCCAUUUGAAUAUGGACAGAGUGGCAUGCAUUUAUCUCAUCAAUCCCCUCUUGUCAACCAACAUGGUCAAACAGCUAAUAAUCCUUUUCCUCAGAGGUCUUAUAGUUCCCUUCCCCAAUCACCAAAUCCUUCCAAUCAGUUCUCUUACGCCAGGACCAUUGUUCACCAACAUAUGACUCAGUCAUACCAUCAUUAUGGUUUGUCCUCCCUACAAAGUAGUGGAAGAUCCUUAUUUAAUGAGGAACAGCGGAGGUCACGUCCUGGAGAUUCUCCUGAUAGGCAACAAGGUAUUUGGUUGCCUGGUGGGAGAACAACUACACCAGGCUCAGGGCAACUGCAUGUCCAAGAAGGCUAUUUUAGGUCGCAAGCAGAAAGAUCUUGCUCUAGCUCUAUGGGUUACCAUCUUUCUGUACAGAAUUCAUUAGUAUCUGGCGGUUCAAUGCAAGGUGGCCAUCAUCUGAAAGAAAACUGCAUUGCUCCUCCAAGUCACGGGGCUGUCCAGUUUUUACCUAGUCGACCAGAUGUUUCAAGGCUUAAUUGUUGGAGACCCACUUGAGAAAUUAGUUAGAAUCCUUCAUAAUUUUUUGCUCCAUCCAUGCGGAAUGACACCUUGAAUCUUGGAAAUGGUCUUGUGAUAUACAUAUUGACUCCAUUUGCAAGUCAAAGGCAACUUAUGUCUUGGAGAUGCCCCUUUCCUAUAACCUUGUGUUGCUUAAGAAGGGAAAAUAUUGCAAUUGAGCCGAGGCUCUUCGCGGAAGCUGUGUAUAGUGUAUUUUUUUCCUGAGAUCUGCAUUCUGCAGAUUUGGCACAUCUUUCUUCAUGCAGAAUCAAUGUAGAAACUGUGACAGGUUGGGCAAUAUCGGAGUUGCUUGCUGAAGACGAUGUCAUUUCCAAUGUCAAGUUAGUAUGUUGGACAAUAUGUCUCAAGAAAGAAAUUUGGUAAGAUUAUAAAUCUCUACUUGCUUUGAUUUCUUCUGAAGCAUACAAUUUCUCGACAGCUAUAUGGUUUUAAACUUUUAAUGGUAGACAAUUUGAAAAGAAAGAAUCGGUCUAAAGAGGAAGUUGCUGUAUUUUAUUUUAUGUUGUAUGUCCAUGAUUUGUCACUAUCACCAAAGCAGAAACUCACUAGACAAUUGUGGCCAAUUACCAGUCACAAAAAUACUAGUUUACAUGAGGAGGAGAUUUUUUCUC